AUGCUGCCGGUCCGCCAUGCCGCUCUUGCGCGAGCUUGGACAUUCCAUGCACGUAUGAACGGCCUAGUAGGCGCCGUGGGCCCCCCCAAUCGCCAUGCGGAGAUUCUCAAAAGGCAAAAGCUGGAGCAUAAACAAGAGCCAUCUGAUGCCUCGCCAGGGAGGGCGACGGACUACCAACAUGCGAGCACUCCUCAAGCCUCCUCAACCAUUGUUCCUUCGCUCUCUGCCCCUUCCUUGUCUUCGGAGUCCAUCUGCUCAUUGCACACCGUGCAGUUGCUUCUCGAUGACUUUUUCGUGUAUAUCCAUCCUUUAGUUCCGAUACCACAUGAGCCCUCCUUCCGAGCGGCCUUCGAACGCCGGGAGGAUGCCACUAGUGGCACUUUCCUAGCCCUCCUCGCUUCCAUGAUUGGAUUCCUCGUUGCGUCGUUCCCUAGACGACCAAAGUUACGUCUCAACACCGAGGCAGAGCGCUCUGCAUUCCCGAAUUCGAUCGCAUUGGUCAAACGAUGCCAUGAUGUUGCCAUUCAAGCUCGAGGCACUGGGUAUCUUGACCGAGAUGCUACGAUAUACGACGCCGCUAUUAGUUAUUUUCUCGGCGCAUGCUGCGCAUAUGUCUUCAAUAUCCGCCGGUGCCGCAUCUACCUGGCCGAAUGUAACUCAAUGAUCCAGAUUUAUGAUCUAUGCCGUCCGGCAGGAAGUAAUGCGGAAGUCGCCCAUACGACGGGGCUGUCAAUGCCGAGUCCAGCAGCAAAUAGCCCAGGGCUCUCAGCAGAGACUGUUUCUCAGGGCCUCACGGAAAAGAGGCCGAUCGAUCUAAUCACGCAAGAGCUUGGGCGCCGCCUCUUUUAUGUGACCUUGGCGGGCCAUCAGUCACUACUCCAAUUAGGCUCUCAGGAUUCCAAGAUCAAGAUGCACUUGCCGCCGGAGACCUCGACUGACUUUUAUCCCCCUUUGCCGCUCGAGAUCGAUGAUGAAUUCAUCUUCCCGUCUCAUUUUAACCCACAGCCGGCCGGCAGGGUGUCAAGAUUGGUGGGGUUCAAUGCGAAUGUGAAGGUCUAUCGCUCGUAUAACUCCCUUCUUGCUUGGGAACUCGCUUUCGGGAGUGGUCAGAUAUUCAACUGGGAGCAUCAAAGAUCCACCCUGUGGGACUGCCUGCAGCAAGCCAAGGCUGCACUUCGGGAUGUCCCGAUCGAACUCUCAUUGUUCCACCCCAAACAAGCUCCACCUAGGCUCCCUGGUCUUGUUGGAGAUGGGUCAGUAUUCAGCUAUCCCCACGACCAUGUGGACCAAGAGAAACGGGCGAUACAGUAUGAAAUCCAGAAGGCCAAUAUCUAUGCCAGUCAGCUGUGCACUCGAUCCUGGCUGGUCGAAAAAUAUUGGUGUCUCUACGAAACAUACAUGAAAUAUCGAGAGCCCAAUGUGUCAGAUCUUCAACGGAGCACGACACCGCAUGUCAAAUCUGAAGACCACGCAGGCGAUGUGAAUGACGUUGCAAAUGCAUCCACAAAUUCCUCGUCGCAGGCUGUAGCACAUGCACAGACCGACUACAUUGGCCGUAUGAUGGCCGAAGAACGAAAACUCGUGAUCAAGGAUCUGUUCGUCCUCCUCCGAACGGUCAACGAAGUGAAUAUGGAACCCAAUGGUGCGAGUAUUACGAGUAAAAUCCGCCAAAUAGCAUCCACCCUUCUCAAUUUACCCUACUACUCCAAACCCCCCAGUGCUGGCACCACCCCAGUCACCGACCCGUCUGCAAAUCCCGCCGCAGCCGAUUCAAACGUCGCACCUUCCGGGCUUCACACACUCACCGCAACAGAGGCAGAGUCCUACCUGCAUGCGUUCAUCGAGACCCUCAUCCGACUCGAAGGCUACACGUCCCCAACAACAGAACCCGGCAGUGCCUCAGACGAGCUUAGUCCGCGUGCCAAUGGCCGCGCCAUGAGUUACUUGAGUGACUAUGAACGCGACCAGGAGGAGCUGAGCCAAUGGGCCAAUCUGAAAGAAUAUCAGCAGAAGUUUGCUGAGGCGGGAGGGUGGCUUUCUGAACUGUGA